AUGCUAAAAAAGCAUACUGCAAAGUUAGAAACUCGUAGAGUGAUACCACUGACUACUUACAACUUGCAAGACAAAAAGAUGUUGAGCUUUAGGUUUCAAUUGGUGAUCAUAAAUGCUCUAACAAUGCCUACGGAUUUGCAGGAGGUCAAUGCAGUAGAGUUUCAUGGGGAAGGAUGCAACCUCAUGGCUGUUGGAAGUAGUGUGGGAAAGGUAUUGAUUUAUGACUUGCGUUCUUCACAAUCACAACCAAUGCAAGUGAAGGAUCACAUGUAUGGCAGCCCAAUUUCAAAUAUUAAGUGGCAUCAAACUCUUAACUCCGAGCGAGCAAAGUUAAUUACUAUGGAUAAUAAAAUUGUCCAGAGAUGGAGACCCUAUGGGCCUAUAGUCUUGGUAUCAAAGAUUGUGGCUGCAGUAUAG